AUGCUGUGGUGGAAACCAAUUUGGGCCAUAGUGAAUCCAAACAACGAAACAGCUAACAUUGUCGUAUAUUUGCGAAAGCCAAAUGAUAUGGGCCCGCGCAGUUGGAUCGCUGGUGUCAAUUGCUUAGAAGCGUUCUCGGAGCUAUACUUCCAAAGACGAGAACAGCUGACUCGGUCUUUGAAUGUUGUAUCCGUUCAGGCGUAUAACUUAACGACUCCAGCUGCUCAAAUACAGUUAGGUUACUUGAAACAAUUAAACGAAUUCAUUGGGCAAAAUUAUACGCAUCGCAAAUAUUAUCAAUUGCGCGUGAUCUCGGACGGUGAAGCGUACAACGGGAGCUAUCUUAAUCGGCAGGGAUUGGUGUUAGCUGACUAUUAUGUAAUUGUUUUAGAUAACGUUACGCGUUUGUCGAAUUUACUGCGCCGCCAUAUGCUCCAAUCGAUAUCGUGGAAUCCUGGAGCGAAAUUUUUAGUAUUGUAUCACAACGCAAAUGACCGCAAUCGGACAGAAGAAACAGCUAUGGAAAUAUUUACGGAAAUGCAAAGAAUAUUUGUUACUCGUGUUGCUUUGCUGUAUGCUACAUCUGCUACCAAAUAUUCUUUAAUUGCCCUACGUUAUUACCACGAAUCGAAUUGCCGGGAAUUAACAGCUCUGCCUUUCGGUCAAUGCAAUGAUGGGAAACUCAACCCUGGAGCUGCUGCUAUGAAACCGAUGUUACAUAAAUAUUUUAACGCUUUUAACGCAAAAAAUUGCACAUUCCAUUUAUGUGCGUCGGUUUUGGCUCCUUACGUCGAGUCGGACUGUAUUGAAGGGAUCGAAAUGAAAUUGAUUGGAUUCCUAAAAGACCGGCUGAAAUUUAAACUUAACCAGACCUGCUCUUAUGACAGUCGUGGCGUAGAAGACGAUUUCGGUGAAUUUAGUGGCUUGUUGGGUAAACUGGAUAAAAAGUCCUGUGAUUUCAUCAUUGGCGGUUUUUAUCCAGACAACGAUGUGAAUGAAAAAUUUUGGGUUACCGACUGCUAUUUGCAAGAUCGCUAUACUUGGUUUGUUAAGCUGGCGAAUGCGCGACCAAUUUGGUUGGCAUUGUGCUCGAUAUUCGAUACUUCGACCUGGUUAAGUCUACUAGGAAUGUUAUUUAUAUCAUGGAUGUUUUGGUACAUAUUCGUGAUUCUGUUGCCUGAACCGAGAAAAUCUAAGGAUUUUUCUUUAACUGGAAUUAACAAUUUGGCUGUGGUUAUCUGUGUUUCUGUGAACGAAAGACCAUUUUGCCAUGCUUCUCGAAUGUUUUUUCUCGCAUUAACUUUAUAUGGUCUGAAUGUCAGUACGACUUACGCAUCAAAAUUGAUUUCGGUUUUAACCGAUCCGGGUUUAAUGCAUCAGAUUGACAGUUUGCACGAAGUAGUAGCAGCAGGAAUACCAUUUGGUGGCUCCGAAGAAUCACGGGAUUGGUUUGAAAAUGAAGAGGAUCAAUGGAUCUUUGAUGAUUACAACGAUUCUUUAGAUUUUCAACCAACUUCUACUAACUUGGAAGCUGUUAGAAUAGGUGAACGUGUCAUUCUGAGUAGUCGCAUGUAUAUGCUACAGAAUAAAAUUGUCGAUGAUCUUUAUGCCUUCCAGCAAAAUGUAUUUUCCAGCCCGGUGCAGAUGAUUAUGAAACCAGGUUUUCCGUUUCUCUUUGAAUUUAAUUUGUUAAUACGACGUAUGCGAGAUUUCGGAAUUUUAGACAAAAUUAAUGACGAUUUUCGCUACAACAACACUUAUUUGAAUCGCAUUCAAAGGAUGCGACCCGACUUUACAGAAAAGGCCAUCGUUUUGACAGAAGAGCAUUUGGAAGGUCCAUUUCUCCUUUUGAUAAUUGGCAUAAGCACUAGUAUGGUUUUCUUCCUGCUUGAACUACUCACAUUUUAUGUAUUCCAACCAAUGCGGCGAAACUGUGACAUAAAAUCGAAACAGAAUCAUAUCUUGAAAAAAACGAACCAAAAGCAACCAAAGCACAAAAACGAGUAUGAAACAAGGAAGUGCUUGGAAAUGCCAUCAGCAGCAAAAAUGCCAAAACCAAGGUUCGCAGUGUCAUCAGUAAAAAUGGAAAGUAUGGAUUCACUAGAUAGUAGAAUAUGCGUAGUAAAAAUAUUAUAUGGUAUAGGUGAUAGACAAGAUUCUUGUGCACAACCUACAUCAAUUAUAAUGGAACGAAAACUGGACGAUCCGAAAUAA